ACCCGCUGUACAUUUUGGGUAAAGCCAUGUUCCAGUCAGACUCUAUAAACCACACAGCCGGGGCCACACGUGCCUUUGGCCAUUAACAUAGCCAAGUCAAUAAGUGCUUCCAGACAGGCGCAAUCCGUAUGCUUUAGCUAACGUUCGCUAGCAGUGCUAGGCUACGUUAACGCAGUGAGAAGGUUUCAUCGCCCGGUCGGUACCGCUAUGUUAGCGGCUAAUAGGCUAUCUGAGACAUCUUUACAGCGGCUUCAUGUCUUUACAGAGUAACAUCAGCGGAGCUAACGCAACGGGAACUGUGUGAUUGGUCAGCACCCAGUAGCAUGUCAGUGUAAGCUAACGGUCACGGUUCAUACGAGGCCAGAGACCCGGAGAGGCUCUGAGGCUCUGCGAGCUGGAGGACCUAGACACAAUCCCUGUCACUCUCCAUUUGUGUAGAGGUCUGUUCCCACCUAAAUGAAGGGGAGCAUCAGGAGUUGAUUAAGAGAUAUUGUAUCAUGAAGCCCAGAUUAAGUGUUGUCUGCUUAUCCAAAAAGUCUCAGUUUUUACCUUGAACUUUUGACAGGAGAGGAGGAUGAAAUGAGAUAAAGUGGACGACUGGAGGAGCCCAGCCCCCUCACCUCCCCCUUUCUGAAGCAUGGCAGGCCUACAGCUUGUCACUCCUGCCACUUCACCCAUGGGGCCUUUCUUUGGUCUGCCAUGGCAGCAGGAGGCUAUCCAUGAUAACAUCUAUACACCUAGGAAAUAUCAGGUAGAACUUCUUGAAGCAGCUCUUGAACAUAAUACUAUCGUCUGCUUGAAUACUGGCUCAGGGAAGACCUUUAUUGCAGUACUUCUAACAAAAGAACUCUCCCACCAAAUCCGUGGACAUUACCAAGAAAAUGCGAAGAGGACUGUUUUUCUGGUGAACACAGCUUUGUCUGUAGUUCAGCAAGCAGCUGCAGUCAGGACUCACUCGGACCUCCAGGUGGGAGAGUACAUAGAUUUGGAGGAGACCUCAGCAUGGACUGACAAACGGUGGAGUCGAGAGAUAAUCGAGAAUCAGGUGCUGGUCAUGACUUGCCACAUAUUCCUGCACAUUCUGAGGAAUAAAAUCUUACAGUUGUCUAAAAUCAACCUGGUGGUUUUUGAUGAUUGUCACCUGGCCAUCACGGACCACCCCUACUGUGAGAUAAUGAAGCUGUUUGAGGGCUGCUUGUGCAGUCCUCGUAUCCUGGGUCUCACAGCUUCCAUUCUGAAUGGGAAGUGUGACCCGUCAGAACUGGAGCAAAAGAUCCAGAAUCUGGAGAGAAUCCUGAAGAGCAACGCUGAAACUGCCACUGACCUUGUGGUCCUGGACAGAUACGCCUCUCAGCCAAGAGAAGUGGUGCUGGACUGCGGCCCCUACAUGGAUAAGAGCGGCCUCUCCUCCCGACUACAGGCAGAACUGGACGAAGCUCUCCACUUCCUGCAUGACUGCAACAUAUCUGUUGCCAGAGAGGACCGUGAUCCCACAUUCAUCUCCAAACAGGUCCUGAGUGACUGCUGGGCCGUGCUGCAGGUGCUGGGACCCUGGUGCGCGGACAAGGCGGCGGGCAUCAUGGUGCGGGAGCUCCAGAAGUACAUCAAACACGAGCAGGAGGAGCUCAGCCGCAAGUUUCUGCUCUUCACCGACACCAUCCUGCGCAAAGUGCAUGCCCUCUGCGAGGAGCACUUCUCCCCCGCCUCGCUGGACCUCAAGUUUGUCACCCCCAAGGUCCUCCGGCUGCUUGAAAUCCUACACGAGUACAAACCCUUUGAGCGGCAGCAGUUUGAAAGUGUGGAGUGGUACAACAACCGCAACCAAGACAACUAUGUGUCCUGGAGCGACUCUGAAGAUGAAGACGAAGAUGAGGAGGUGGAGGCCAAAGAGAGGCCCGAAGCCAACUUUCCCUCACCGUUCACCAACAUCCUGUGUGGGAUCAUCUUUGUAGAAAGGCGUUACACAGCUGUCGUCCUCAAUCGUCUGAUCAAAGAGGCGGGGAAGCAGGACCCGGAGCUGGCUUACAUCAGCAGCAACUUCAUCACUGGCCACAGCAUCGGCAAGAACCAGCCGCGGAACAAGCAGAUGGAGGUGGAGUUCAGGAAACAAGAGGAGGUCCUCCGCAAAUUCCGGGCUCAUGAAACUAACCUGCUGAUCGCCACCAGCAUCGUGGAGGAAGGCGUGGAUAUUCCAAAGUGUAACCUGGUGGUGCGCUUCGACCUGCCCACAGAGUACAGGUCCUAUGUCCAGUCCAAAGGCAGAGCUCGGGCACCCGUCUCCAACUACAUCAUGCUGGCUGACAGUGAGAGGACCAAAGCCUUCGAGGAAGACCUCACUACCUACAAGGCCAUAGAGAAGAUCUUAAGGAACAAGUGCUCCAAGUCAGUGGAGGUAAGUGAGUUUGAAGUAGAGCAGGUGUUGGACGAUGACAACAUCCUCCCACCCUACGUGCUUCGGUCUGAGGAUGGAGGUCCCCGGGUCACCAUCAACACAGCCAUUGGACACAUCAACAGGUAUUGUGCCCGGCUUCCCAGUGACCCAUUCACCCACUUAGCACCAAAGUGUAAAACCGUCGAGACGCAUGAUGGACGCUUCCAGUCCACACUCUACUUACCCAUCAACUCCCCUCUGCGAGUUCCUGUUAAGGGUCCUACAAUGAACUGUACCAGACUGGCAGAGAAAGCAGUUGCACUAGUAUGCUGUGAGAAACUCCACAAAAUAGGUGAGCUGGAUGAUCACCUGAUGCCGGUGGGGAAGGAGACAGUGAAGUACGAGGAGGAGCUUGACCUUCAUGAUGAGGAGGAGACCAGCGUACCAGGCCGGCCCGGCUCUACCAAGAGGAGGCAGUGCUACCCUAAAGCCAUACCAGAGUGUCUGCGGGACAGUUACGCAGUACCGGAGCAGACUUACUACUUAUAUGUGAUUGGGAUGGUCCUCACCACCCCUCUCCCGGAUGAACUCAACUUCCGAAGGAGGAAGCUCUACCCACCGGAGGACACCACCAGGUGCUUCGGCAUCCUGACUGCCAAACCCAUACCUCGAAUCCCCAAUUUUCCGGUGUACACUCGCUCGGGUGAGGUGACCAUCUCUAUCGAGCUGCAGAAGUCCGGCUUCGCACUCACCGCCGCCCAGCUCGACCUCAUCACCCGCCUGCACCAGUACAUCUUCUCCCACAUCCUCCGCCUGGAAAAACCUGCCCUGGAGUUCAAGCCCACACUGGCUGACUCGGCGUACUGCGUUCUACCUCUGAAUGUUGUUGGGGACUUGAACACACUAGAUAUGGACUUUAAAUUCAUGGAGGACAUUGAGAAGUCUGAGGCCCGCACUGGCAUUCCUACCACUCAGUACACCAAGCAGAACCCCUUCACCUUCAAGCUUGAGGACUACCAGGAUGCUGUCAUCAUUCCAAGGUAUCGCAACUUCGACCAGCCUCAUCGCUUCUAUGUCGCUGAUGUGUACACAGACCUGACGCCGCUUAGCAAGUUUCCUUCACCAGAGUAUGAGACAUUUGCUGAGUACUACAAAACCAAGUACAACCUUGACCUGUCCAACCUGAACCAGCCGCUUCUGGACGUAGACCACACCUCCUCCAGACUGAACCUGCUAACCCCUCGGCACCUGAACCAGAAGGGGAAAGCCCUGCCCCUCAGCAGCGCUGAGAAGAGGAAGGCCAAGUGGGAGAGUCUGCAGAACAAACAGAUCCUGGUUCCAGAGCUGUGCGCCAUCCACCCCAUCCCCGCCUCCCUGUGGAGGAAAGCAGUGUGUCUACCCAGCAUCCUCUACCGCCUCCACUGCCUCCUGACCGCCGAGGAGCUCCGAGCCCAGACAGCCAGUGAAGCUGGAGUGGGAGCCCAAACCCUGCCCCCUGACUUCAGGUAUCCAAACCUGGACUUUGGCUGGAAGAGAUCUAUUGACAGCAAAACGUUCAUCUCCUGCCCGGAGUCCUGUGGCGAGGACGGAGAGGGUCACUGUAAGCACCAAGAGACUGUAACCCCUGACCCCAACUCCCUAACACAUCCCAGUAGUCACCACUCUCCCCGGCCCCGUGCAGCCCUCGAGCCCGGAGAAGCCACCUGCACGAAGAACCUAAUCAAUGGCACUGCCCUAGUCGCCAACUGUGACGACGAAGGCCACCAAGAUGAGCACCUUCACCAACAUGACAAUUGCCAACGCUCCCAGCCCAGCUCCCCUGGGCUGCAGAGCCCUGAAUCAAUACAAACCACUACCUCAGUUCCUGUGCAGCCCUCUCACAGCUUGAAGAAGCCCAGCUCCAGUCCUCCGCAGCCUAGUGAUGAAUGUACACCAGGGAGGACCUCAGACCACAAAAAUAAAGCUACCUCAGUCUGCAGCCGGGCAGCCACGGGUCCCAAUGCUCCCACAGCACCUUCUCCCGACCUCGCCAUUGUCCCCCAGCUUGGAGCCCAGGCGGGAGACUCCCCCAAAAGCCUGGGGCCCAACCCGGGCCUCAUCCUGCAGGCCUUGACCCUAUCCAACGCCAGCGAUGGCUUCAACCUGGAGCGGCUGGAGAUGCUUGGAGACUCUUUCCUCAAACACGCCAUCACCACAUACCUGUUCUGCACCUACCCCGACGCUCAUGAGGGUCGACUCAGUUACAUGCGCAGCAAGAAGGUGAGCAACUGUAACCUGUACCGUCUGGGGAAGAAGAAGGGGCUCCCCAGCAGGAUGGUGGUGUCCAUCUUCGACCCCCCUGUUAACUGGCUGCCCCCUGGCUAUGUGGUCAACCAGGACAAGAGCAGCACAGACAAACUGGAUUCAGAGGAGGCAAAAGAGGAGCUUCUGGCCAACGGGCAGUCUGGAAAUGACUAUGAUGAGGACGAUGAGGAGGGCGAGGAGGUGGACGAGGAUGGUGAGCUGAUGCUGAAGGACGAGCCAAAGGAUGAAGUCAACAUGGAGGACGAUCUGGAGUAUUACAAGGAGCACAUCAAAUUCAUUGACAACAUGUUGCUGGGAUCUGGUGCUUUUGGUAAGAAGAUCUCUCUGAGCGGCUUCCCUCCCUCUCUCACCCCGGCCUCCGGAUCCUCCCCUGCCAUGGAGUCUCCGUACGAGUGGAAAGCGCCCAAGAAGCCCCUCCAUCCCACCCCGGCCCACUACCCCUCAGAGCCGGUGCACAGCGGGCCGUCUGCAGAGGAGUUUGACUACAGCUCGUGGGAUGCCAUGUGCUACCUGGAUCCCAGCAAGGCCGGAGAAGAGGACGACUUUGUGGUGGGUUUCUGGAAUCCAUCGGAGGAGAACUGUGGUGCCGAGCUCGGCAAGCAGUCCAUCUCCUACGACCUGCACACAGAGCAGUGCAUCGCCGACAAGAGCAUCGCUGACUGUGUGGAGGCUCUGCUGGGCUGCUACCUGACCAGCUGUGGAGAGCGAGCCGCCCAGAUGUUCCUCUGCUCGCUGGGCCUCAAGGUGUUACCAUUGGAGAGAGGGACCUUGACAGGAGCAGUGGUGCAGAGCCGCCAGAUCGCUGCCAUCGACCUGUGCUACGGCUGGCUGAAGAUCCCACCCCGCUGCAUGCUGGACCAUCCCGAUGCAGAGCGGACUCUGAACCACCUCAUCUCUGGCUUUGAGAACUUCGAAAAAAAGAUCAACUACACGUUUCAGAACAAGGCUUACCUCCUGCAAGCCUUCACGCACGCUUCUUACCAUUACAACACCAUUACAGAUUGUUACCAGCGGCUGGAGUUCCUUGGUGAUGCAAUUCUAGACUACCUCAUAACAAAGCACCUUUAUGAAGACCCGCGGCAGCACUCUCCUGGCGUGCUGACCGACCUGCGCUCAGCACUCGUCAACAACACCAUCUUUGCCUCUCUGGCUGUCAAGUACGACUACCACAAGUACUUCAAGGCCAUCUCGCCCGAGCUUUUCCACGUCAUAGACGACUUUGUGCAGUUUCAGCUGGAAAAGAACGAGAUGCAAGGCAUGGACUCCGAGCUGCGACGCUCUGAAGAAGACGAGGAGAAGGAGGAGGACAUCGAGGUCCCUAAGGCCAUGGGGGAUAUCUUUGAGUCGCUAGCGGGAGCAAUUUACAUGGACAGCAGGAUGUCACUGGAGACGGUGUGGCAAGUGUAUUAUCCUAUGAUGAGGCCACUUAUAGAGAAAUUCUCUGCCAAUGUGCCACGAUCUCCUGUGAGGGAGCUGCUCGAGAUGGAACCAGAAACUGCCAAGUUCAGCCCUGCAGAGAGAACGUACGACGGGAAGGUCCGGGUGACAGUGGAGGUCGUCGGUAAGGGCAAGUUCAAAGGAGUUGGCCGCAGCUACCGGAUCGCCAAGUCGGCGGCGGCGCGACGAGCUCUGCGCAGCCUCAAAGCCAAUCAACCUCAGGUCCAAAACAACUGAGCUCAGCAUUAGCACCUAAGCUAUUGACGCUAACGGAGAAAAAGCAGCAUUGGAUUCCCAACAUAGCGCAAUGCUAGCCCUGUAUCUUCAGCCUGCGAUGGCACAACCAAGGCAGCCAGGGAACACUGUGUGGAGACGCAACAAAAGAAGCAGACUGAUCUCACAACAGAUUUCACAUCGGAUCUUGUACCUUUUUUUUGUUUUGUUUUGGUUUUUUUUGCGCAAACACAAUCUUUACUUUCCCUCUCUGCUUUGUGUAAUCACAUGAGUGCUUUAUUAACGUUUAGCAAAGUGUUUAAAAAAGGUCAGGUCGCAAUGUCUGUUCCUCACUGUUCUUGAUUUUUCUUUUGUUUGGGUUAACCUCCAUGUCAGUGAGAUAAGGCUUCUGCUUAUUGUGUAGUAUUAGACUGUACAUAGUUCAAUCAAAGGUGUAAAUCAAAGUAUGUAGUAGGACGAAAAGAAAAAAAAACGCUAAACUCCUCAGCCUGUGCACUAGUGCCAGUCAGUUUUAAAGCGGUUUUUAAAAUGCUAAAGGCAGACGUGGCUAACAGAUACCACUGGAGCAAAAACCUGGUGGCACUUCUGUCUGAAAUCUGUCUUGAAAUGGUAUUCUUAAUCAUAUUUGCACUUAUUCCAUUAGGGUCUGUUACUUUGAGAAUUGUGUGGUCACAUUGACACCAAAAUCAUAUACGUAGCAAAAAAUAUAAAUAUAUAUAAAAAGAAUAAAAUACAUGAAUGAUAUUCUUGGCCUUAAAUGCUAAGGCUCACCCUCAUAUCCUGCAAAACGGAUAGGAAUUUCAACAUUCCCAGUUACUGUAAUUUAAACUAGUUUUUAACCACACUUGAGGUUGCAUGUUCUUGAAGCUUAUGUAUAAACCACGACAACUGGAUGGCUUCUAUAAAUGUUCUAAAUCUAUGGAUAUAUCUAGAGUGUGUGAGAGCGAGAUCAGGUGUUUACGGCAUUAUCUUGAUGAUUUGGUUUAACAUGUUUUGAUACCAAGAAUGGAUGGAAUCGAAUUAGUCAUUCUUGCGCACUAAAUGUCUUUCCACAGAGCGAAUCAUCCAGUUUUGAUAUAUGUACGAAAAGAAAGACAUAUCACACAUUCAAUAUGCUGCAGACUUUUCUACAAAUUGGAUACUCGUGUUAAGACACACAGAAUCUUUUCAGAUACAGUCUUUUGUGAAAAAGGCCAAUUCAUUUCAACACACUAGUGUUCCUCACAUCCCGUACCUACCAAAGCUAUAACAGAUGUGACACUAUAAGGUUGAAGUCAAUUCCUAGGGAUAAGGAUACCAGCCUUUUUUUUUUUCUUUUUUGUGGUUUCUGUUCUGACGAAUUUUGCUUCUCGCUAAAUGUCUUUUUUCUCAUCAGUAAGCCCUUGUUCACUUGAAUACCUCAGUUAAUUGCAUGCAUUUUCUUUUCUUUUUUGUUUGGUGCUAUGUUUUUGUAUUAAGCUUGAAUUUCUCAUCUUUUUUGCACUGUAACUAUAAUACCUCUUUAUUUGACCUUUUAAAAAAAAAAGAGAAUUAAUUUGAUUUUUUUUUUUUUUCUGUUUGAUUUGGUUGUCCUCUUCGUCAGCCAUCAAGCUGUAGAGAAGAGCUGCGUUGUCGUCUUUUCCCCCCUUCCGUACUUGAGGUUCAGACUUGAUGUAUUUUUUUUUUAUUUUUUUUGGAUUGGGGGAAGAAGAGGAGGAAGUGUAAGCAGGAGAUGUAUUCUCUGCACAUAAGCCUAUCUGCAUCCCCCCUCCCCCUUUUGUUUAUUAACUGUUAGUUUCAUCAGUUGAGAAUCUGUUUCUGAAUUCUGGGUAAAAACAAACAGAGGAAGGAUUGAUUGAUUGAUUGAUUGAUCAGAUGGGUAAAUGUUUGUAGAGAUAAUCAGAUUGCACUCUUAAACUUUUAAUUUCUCUGACAUUUACUUCAAAACAUAGAAAUAUAUGGGUUGGAAGAGACACAUACCCACGUGGUUUCUGUGUUAGUAUUUGAAAUCAAAGUCAUAGUCCUGUAAUGCCACCCAUAGGUGCUUCUACCUCAAGGACAGUGCGCUCAGUGUUCAUUUCUGAACAAAACUGCAGUUAAAGUCAGUAACUUUCUGACUAUAUUACAUAAUGUAGUCUUUACUGUGAUACCUAUACAGUCCAUGUCACAUAUGUAGUAAACAACACAGGUAUCUGCUUCACUGAGUCGACAUUCCCUUACAGUGAUUUUUGUCUAAAAUAGAAACAAACUAAAGUCAGUGCCUUCUCUGUGGGAGAUCAGUGUCAGCAUAGACUGGAUUUAAAUUCAACAAAAAAUUUAAAGUUCAAUUAAUGAAUCAAAAUUUGAGGUUGUAUAUGCGAUUGUUUGUGAUUUUGUUUCUGCUUAAAAAAGUGAUAAGUAAAUCAGGUAUUUUCAACUGAAGAUUUUAACCAGGUCUUCUCUGCCACAUACGAUUUGUAAGUUUACCCUACAAUAUAUAAAAAUAAUAAUGUAACCCAUUAAACCUACCCAAAUACUUUGGAACCAAUUAAAAGAACAAGUGACAUACAAAAGAAGACUGAACUGACCCAACAGAAACUGAAAGUAGUUCCAGUAAAUGUUUCCUGAUACUUAAUUAACCAUGGCCCUAGAACCACUUGGGGUCCAGGGACUCCCUGGUUCACUAUGUAGCAAUGAGUUUUUCAGUUUGUUUGAAGCAGACUUGGUGCCACCUUAUCAAGCCCCAAAACAUAACCUAGCAUUGCUGCAGGGUUACAAUGUUAGCCUCUGGUUAACAUGACAAAAACCUUUCAUGUAGCUUGUUUGUGUUGAAAAGAAACAAAUUUAGAAUUUGGAUAAAAGAUAAAAACGACCUGUAGUCACAGCUUAGGUUAGGUAGCUACUGUUAGCUAUUGUUAUUGUAGCUGUCUUUUUGCUAACAGUAUUUGUAAGCUAGUGAGUUAGCUAGUGUUUUGCUACAGACCAAUAAAUGGCUAACUAGCCAGCUAAUCUACAUCAGUUGUUAGCUAGCUAGAUACAUCUGAAAGAGACAGUUUAGCAAAAUGCUAUCCAACCAGUUUAGCAUUUCUUGCUAACAUUAUUUAGCUUAAGAUGUGACUAUAUGUAUGCCACCUUUUUUUUUUUUAUCUUUUAACCAUCUUUAAAAUGUGGUUGUCUUUUCAACACAGACAAGCCUAGCAUAAGCAUAUCUAAGUAUAAGAAAGGAGUAAGGAGUUCUGAAGAGGUAUUGGAGUAAUCAGGGCUGGGACAUUUCAGACAAUACAGAUUGUCCCCAGACCCAGGGUCAGCUUAUCGGGGUUCAGGUCAGCCCAAAAACCUCUACUUGACAGUGAAAUGAGAACAAAACUUCCAAUUACAGCUCAAGUACAAGAUAUGCAUUUUUAAUAUGUUACGUCGGGUUAUGUGAAAAGAACACUUACAUUCAAAUCCAGUCUUUGCUAGGACUGCUCUUUAUUUUUGUUGUCUACCAACAGCUAAACUCUCAGACCUCUGGUCGGGUGCCAUAGAUAACCAUGUGAAUACUGAAGUGUAGAUUUGUGAAAUCCCUUCAUGUUAAAAAUCAAUGUGAACUCAGUGAACACCGUGAAACUUAAGUACGUCUCUGUAAAAUCUGUCGCUGUUCAAAAGAGUGCAAUCUGUCAUUAUUUCUCAGGCAGCUGUCUGACCCUCUAGUCCACCUUUUUAAACCCUUAAAUCUGGGCUGUGUUUUUUGAUUUCCCUGUUAGAGCGAUAUCGUCAGACUUAAGAUUUGGAGCGGCCCUCCAGUCACACACUUUGCAACACCUCAGUCUGUAGUGCACACACACACACACACACACACACACAGCCAUUUCGACUUUUCCUCUGGCUCAACACACUAAUUAUCUGUAAGUCUCCGGGAGGGAGGAGAGGGAGAUUACUGAAAAGAAUGUGAAAUCACUCGUAACGGUGCCAUGCCUGCUCUAUUUUUAUCUGUGACUGAUAAAAAAAACAAAAAAAAAUGAGGAUCACAAAUAAUCUUGUCAGCCGCAAGUGGCAUCAAUAUCCAACAACCUUGUAUGUUUUUCUUUCUUUCUUUUUAAUAAGGUGGUGUGUGUGUGUGUGGGGGGGGGGGGGUGCUGGAGCUGAGGUAGUCCUGUGUUAUUCAGAGUGGACAAUGUUUUCUCGUACUUUUUUUUUUUUUUUUUCAUUUCCUUUUGUACAUGUAGCACAAUUGAGCAUUGCACUUGGGCGCCAUACUUUACCUCAUGUCAGAGUGUGAAAGGGAGUGAAAGGUGGAGAGAAAAAAAGUGUAUAUAUGAUGCCGUAAUGUUAAGAGGACUAACUUGUGGUUCAGGCUUUGCUGCUGUUUCAAUUGCUGGUAAUAUACAAACCUAUUUAAGAAUAGAAUAAGGGGCUAUGGGAGGGGAGACAAAAUGUGCCUGCAGGUCAUCGUCUUGACAAAUACACUGUAAAAAAGAAUCUCUGCAAUUUAGGCCUAAAAUGUCUGGACGUCACGUACACGGAUGUUCCCGCCUUAAACAAAUGUUUGGAAAUGAAUUGUAAGUCAAACUACCACAUCCAAAUCACGGCUCAAAUGAUGAACUGAUGCUCGGUUUCAUUCUCUUCUGACUACUUUGUCACCCGAGUGAUGCUCCCAGCCUGUUUUUUUUUUUUUUUUUUAACUCCUGCGGUGUGUUAGUUUGGAAUUACAAGACAAACCUUCCCCAGCCCUUUAUUGGGAACUAAAAAGGAAAAAUCCACUUAAACUUGUUUCCUGUACUUUUGGCCAAUCAUAGACCACAGUACCGUGUCAUCACUUAUUUUUAACAUGCCUAAUGUACUUGUACACCAGUUUGUGAAUUCCUGUGAACUGGGGCUGUCACUUUUUUUUCCUUUUCAAUUUAAACUACUGUUUGUAUUUAAAGAAAACAAAUUAAAUAUUACAUUUUUAUGUGUACAAAAAUGAUCUGUGUCCAUGCAACAGGCCAUGUAUUGUACUACAGCAGGCAGCGUUGGAUGGAAAAAAGUAAACUGGACUAUGACUAGGCACUAAAACAUACUGGAAUUGAAAUAGUAUCCCAUCACGAUUAUCCCAGUUAUGAAAAUUCACCACGAUAAAAAUGUUUGUUUAUUGCGAUAUGUGAUCUAUCGUCCCAUCCCUAUUGACCUUUCCAUUAACACACAAUGGAGUAAACUAGCGAGCUAUAAUGGAAGAUAAUCAGUCUUAAAAACGAUGUGUGGAAGAACUCUAGAUUUGACACCAUGUCUGGGGGAAAAAAAAAGGAAAUUGUUGGUAGAAGUAGGACUGUGGCUUGCCCUUUAAAAAUGCAACUGCCUAGUAAUGUUAGCUUGACACUCAAAUGAUGGUGUAGUUUAAGGUUAGGUUGUAUUUGAAUCAUUUCUAAUUAGCUGUAAUUUUUUUCAAUUUUUUUUUUUUUUUGUAGUGACAGCCCUAAUGUGUGUUUGUUUGAUCGGAAUUUAAACUUCCUAAGCCAACUUCCUCCUUUCCUGUACUUACAUAUGCUAUGUGCUAAGCGAGACUUAAGAAGGGUCAGUUGGGCUUAAAACGGGUAAUACAAAACAGCUAGGGCUGUAAAAAGGGUUUUGAACUGCAGCCCCACUGACACCGACAAGUAUCCUAGGGGUCUUCAAGGGAAAUGUUAUUUUUAUGUAAUGUCCAGGCAGUGUUGAUGGUAAAUGUAGUCCAUUGAAAUGUUAAAUUCUUUGUUCUUCAGUUUGUGCUAUGUUGACCAAGAAAUAUUAGCAAGAUGUGUUCCACCACCAGUGCUGUCAUUUGACAUAUACAGUGAUGUAGUUAGUGUCAAGGAAACUACAGGCUGUUUCCGCUAGGAAAUGGUCAAACUGCAGGAAUUCAUUUUCCUCGCACAUUUUUGUAGCUUUGAUUAGCACCCAGCAGCUAAACUAACUUGCUCACUGAGCGUGGGAAUCCUGGUACAUGUAGGCACUCCGAACAGGAGAACAGGAGAACAGAGCUUUCUCGGUCAGUAUAGCCCGCACUGAGGAACUUACUGUUUCAGUUGACUAUAUCUUUCAUGAAUCCUGUCUGGACAUCCACAUAAAGCAUGGGAAAUCUUCCCUUCAAGUGUCCCAAAAGCCACUGUGCACUAGGUUCUGGAGUGGACAGGAACUUGCGGUUCAGCUUAGGAACCUUCAGUCCUUUAGAGGCCACAACCUUUGACAUUGGAGGCUCCUGAAGUGGGAUGCUGCUAGAGUAAAGAAGUAACUUAACCUGCUCCUACGACAAGAUUUAUACUUUGUGUUCAUCGACAAAUAUGAAUUGUGGACCGACACUUUUGCCUUUCUUGUUUUAGAUUGCUAAAGUUUUCCGUCAUAGCAUUGUAGCUACAUUUGAAAUGUACUGCCUGCAUAAAGUAUUCAUGGGGCUUGGACUUUACUAAUUUGAAUAUAAAAUUGAAUCACUGUGGAUGGCAGAUAUACAGAUGUGAUAUUCUUCCAAACAAAAACAAUUAUGAUUGACCAUGUACUCAGAACGUUUUUUUGUUUGACAGCCUUUUUUCAACAAAUUUGUUCAGGAUCCUUUCUUGCAACUUCUUAUCCCUGAUCUAGGACUGGCAUAAUACGUAUCAAAGUCCUGCUUCACUAUCUCCCAGAAUUCUUAGUCACUGAGCAAACUCACCGGUGUAUUCAGAUCUUUUACUUACAGUAAAUAUUCUUUGUUACAAAUUAAAGUCAAAACCCUACUUAAGUAAAAAAUAAUAAUAAUAACAGCAUUAUCAGCUAAAUGUACUUCUGUAAGUAUUUAAAAAAGUACUCCUUUGAUAACAAUUUCCUCAAUAUUGGAUAAGCUGAAAGCCUGUGGAACUGGUAGCAAUCCAUAGACAUCUAAAACAUGACAGUGGGGUCCAAAUCUGACCCUGUGUUUUUGUAAGAGGUCACCCAAAGGUCUUUAGGUAUUGUAUUUCAUAAAUUUGUCAGCUGCUGUGCACAAAUAAUUUUAGUAAAAAGUACAAAGUUUACAUAGUAGCAUAAAAUGGAAAUGGAAGAAUGUACAAGUACCUCAAAACUUUACUUCUGGUUGUACUUGGUUACUACACACUACUGCUGUGUGGUAUGCAGUCGUCUUAACUGCUAAUAAGAAGGGGGCCUGAUGCAGACCAAGAAAGUUCUCUUCUAAGAGACCUUCUAAGACUACACGAAAGACCUUUCUUGUUCAGUUAUCUUUUUUGUUACUUUGCACUCGCCUAUGUGUGCCAAGAAGAAUUCCUACAAUGUAGUGAGUUUAUUUUUAAAGUUUAGGGAAUGAAUGUUCCGAGUGAUAGUGAUGCAGGAUUGUGGUAGUCAGUGCUGUCCUGGGUCAGUAAAAACAGAUACUGAAAUCAUAUUUUGCUUCAUGAUUCUGAUUCCUGAACUUUGGGUAUCGGCCAAUACGGACGACCAACUCUACCUGUGACUUUUGAUGUUUAUGUGCUCUUUCUUAAAGCUGCAGUAGUAUAAAAAUAACUUUUUGUCAUAUUUGCUAACGUUCAUUAUGUCCUGACAGUAGUACCUGGGACAGAUAAUCUGGCUCCUCCUAGUGCUAAAUCCACUGGGCCUGAUUGUGGCCUGAAUGAUGUGCUUAAUGCUUGUCUAUGUUGAAAAGACAGCCACAUGAAAACAACCAAUCAGAGAAAGGAAAGACAGUUCUUAUUAUAUAAGUCUUAUUCCCAGGGUGUCAGAUACUGAUGCUUUGGCACCGUGGGAAUGAGACUCAACAAUCGACUAUCUUCAAGCUUCCAACACAAGCAUCGUUUUAUCUUUCUUGGCUCUGAUUGGUUGUUUUUGUUCAGGCCCUGUGGAUUCUUGCAAAUACCAUUAGGAGCACUAGGAGGAGCCAGAGGAACCUGAUUCUUUCACAGAUUAUCUGUUUCAUGUUCUACUGUCAGGAUAUAGUGAAAGUCUCAGCAUAUAUAUAAUAAAAAUAUUUUUUACUAAAGUUACCUACUGCAGCUUUAAUUUAGUCAGUCUGACUGUAUUUGACGUUAAAAGCGGAUCCUAAUUACAAUCCACAGUGAUUCAAAAGUCCUUGGAGUGCCUUCACUUUUUAUCGGAACUGUAUCUGGAUGUAAUGUCAUCUACAUGUGGGCAGGUGUUCACAGGAACUGUAAAAUGAGACGCAGACAAGAAAAUGUUUUUCAAUAGUAUUAGGUGUUUUAGGUGGAUUUUUCCUUUAAGGUCCUCGGGAAAGCAUGAUCAGUGUUAACAGAAAUGCCUUUUGAGAAAGCGGGGUGGGGAGGGAAUUUUUUGCAGCAAGAUAUUGGUCUCAUAAAGCCAGCAUAGAGCACCGACCGUGACUGUUUGGGUGGGGUUGGGAGGGUGGGGAGGGCAUGGUCACAGCAGCAGAACACCAGCAGAGUGAAGCUGAAUGGAUGGAGCGAUUAACUGCUAUCAGUGUGGGGAAUUAUGGGCCAUCACAACCUGCAGCAAAUGUUUAAGGGACAUUGGAAUAGAAACUCCUCACUCAUACUGUAAUACCGUGCUGCAGUGGUUUGCGGUCUGCACCUUAUUGGAUCACAAAUACCUUUAAUUUUUUUUGUUUGUUUGAGUUUUUUUCUUUUUCUUUUUUUUUUUAAAUAAUUGUAGCCCAGUAUAUCUACAAUAAAAGUAAUGGUAUGGUCAUUUA